AUGGAGUUGGGUGUGGAAUUUUCCGAGCUAUUCAGAACCAUUCUGAUUUACUCCAUGGUGGGGAUGUUCAUCUUCAUUCAGCCGCAAGCGUUCCGAUCAGCUGGGUUCACAAUUGAGAACAUCUUGCAUUUCCUUUUGCCGAAUCCCAGAUUAGACUUUCUAAACUUUCAGUUGCACAGGAUUUGUUUGACAAUGAUGGUUCACAUUGUGUUUUUCCCAGGUAUUUCUGAUUGACUUGUUGUUUCAUAUAUUUAGGGUUCUUUGUGGCACUGGGAAUUGUUUGUGGACGGAACCUUUUUACGAUUACCCCUGGAAACAUCGUUGAGGUUUUCGUGAUGGUUUCGGUUCUUUUUACAUCAGGUGGGUAUUGGAAUGACUUUACGAUAUCAUUUUCGUUUAUAGCUGGCUUUGGAUUUGUUGGGUACUUGAUGUCAAACGAUUUCGAAGGGCAUUAUGUAAUGAAGAAGCUUAAAAAAGUAAAUGCAGAUUGGCAUUUGCUCAGCAGAGAUGUGAGCCGAGAGAUGAUGGAUCCGUUUUCUAUAAAGCUCGUUGACUCUAGUGAGUCGGUAAUUGGCUUAUUUAUUAGUUUAGAUGAAAGUGGCGUUUACGUUCUUGACAACUAUCUCGUUCGUGUUAGUUCAUAUAACCUAGAGAUAGCGAAAUUGGAAGACGCUAGAUUCACAGUGCGUAAAGUUCUGGACCAUCCGGUAUAUAUAUUUUUUAGUUUGUUAAUCUCUGCUUUAGUUACGACAUCAGAACGAUGAUCAUCAAUUAAUCUUGGUCGAUGUAGACAGUCUUACGAAUUCCUUCAAGUCUUUUAACAUCCAGUAUGUAACACCUUUUAUGGCUCAAUUUUAUCGUUGCCCUCCCACAUUUAUUUUAUUUUUCAGUCUCCAGUCACGCACAAUAAUGCAAUUAAUCCGAGAUAAAAUUGGGCAAGAAUUCCGAAUCCCUUCAACUGUCCGAAUGAACUUUUCCCUCCAAGAUCGAUUUGUUCAAGACUUCCGAAGUGUGAUAUCGGGAAAUCAGAUGUUUGAGUAUCGUUCCAACGAAGAUCUAGAUGUAUGUUUUGGAUGUAUGGCUGUUCCCCCAAAUGUGAAGAUUACAAAAUCAUGCGAUUCAAAUGAUUGUUCUUCCUGUUCAUGCCGUCCCACAUGGUGUCAUUCCUGUUUGGCGCGUAUAUUUGCCACCGAACAAGAUCAAGAACAUCCGGAAACUUGGAUGGGAGGGAGGGCGAGAUGCCCCACCUGCCGUUCAAACUUCUGCGUUCUGGAUGUAAGGCCAUUGCAGGUCAUAAGAGAAGAUUAGAAUGUAUGUUGAUCAUGAAACGAGGUUCUAUGCUGCGAUAAAAUUAAUGGGUAUGAUGUAUGGACAAAUUGUAUAAAUCGCUUAAAAUCGUUAUUUUUAGGUGAAUGAGAAUAAAUUACGAAUAAAUUGGAGUUUUCUUUUAUUUGAAGGGAUAACUACAAUGCAUUCUCUUCGAAAGAGAACACCUUAAGGCAAAUGCGAUGUAAUUUACAAAUGGGAAUUUAUGUAUAUCGGAAAUAUAGGGUGUCUAGGCUUCCCCGAAUUAAUUCUGUUUUUGUAAAAGUAAUUCUAAAUUCGUUUACGUAACAAUCCCGCCGGCCUAAACCCCUCCAGAUAACCCGAUCAGCCCCGGAGGGCAAAGCCGGUCCGCCUGGCCACCAACAGGAUGAUCGGUUGCCAUGACGACCGUCAGCCUCAUCAAGAUAAUGGAUUGAUGUAAGAAAUAACAAUAAAUAUGUAAAUAAGCCUGGUCAACAAUUAAACGGUCAUUCAGUCUCGUUCUCGCUUUCUCCGUCGACCUUGCGUGGACAUUCUGCAUUAGACUUGGUGGCCGGAUUUGGGAAGAAGAAGAUGAUACGGGGUGCAGGUAUGUUUGGUCAUUGUCCGGAUUUAAUUACUCUGAAAUCCGCUACUCCCCUCUUUUUUGAGCGGGAUUUUUUGUGAGUCCAUUUUAUAACAUCGCCUCCGGGCUUUAGCAAUAAUGUAGGCCUUUUUUGUUGACAUUUCUUCCACUGGAGACGGAUUACUAGGACCUAAGAGUUGGGGAUUGUCCCGGAUUAAGAAAUUAUUAUAUCUAACAAGCGUGAUAUAUCACUUUAAAGGCACAACUUGAGGAGUUGUAGCAUUGUUUGGUUCAAUUUUGUAGUCUGUCCUUUUGUGUUAUAAAGAUUAAAAGUAUAUUUUUUCAAUUCAUGUAUUACGUAAUAAACGUCUUUUUACAGGAAAAAGGUUCAGACGAAUGAGAGAUCGCAGUAGAAGCAGAGUAUCUCUGAGUGAAGAUGUGGAACAUUGGAUAGAAGAUGGAGAUAUCGCCAGCCUGGAGGAGUUGCUUCUGACCGGAAAGGCUUACUUGCUUGAAAAUAAGGAUGUCACCAGCAGUAAGGCCUCUGGAUUUCUGCGACUUAUGCCAAUUUAUCGGGUAAGAACUUUUUUAAUGGUCUCUGAUAUAACGCAGUUGUGUAACCGGCCUUUUGUGUGUACAUAAAUAUUCUUAACGGUGGGAAUUAUGUGUCAUCUUUGUUUAGGAUGCGACCAUGUACAUUAGAGUCUUAUAAACCUAAUCAUUGACAUGUUGCAGGCCAAUAUUGAGUGUAUGUUGGAGGCUGUUUGCAUCGGGAAUAAGCGUGCCGUCCAAGAUCUGAUGUCCUACCGGAAAUGUGUGGCUGCCCGUCAUCCCUUCACGAUGUGUUCGACCAUUCAUCUGGCUGUUAUCCAUCAAGAAUACGAGAUUAUGAACCUCCUCCUCUCCCACCCCGACGCUCCCUUUAAUACCAAGGAUAUUGUGAGUUGGGGGCUUCCCUUCCUUUCACAACAUUUUUACCCUCUGUACUUGUACUGCUUUUGGUAGUGUCGUUGCAAAGAGGCGGAAUUUGUUAUCUUUUGAUUGGGGAUUAACCACUUUCUCAGACGUCAAUCCCAUUUUCAGGAAGGCCGCACUCCCUUGCAUUACGCUGGCGCCAUCGCUGGUUCUUUUCCCAACGACUCCGAAGCCUUAAACUGUUACGAACUUCUUCUAAAGCACGGCGUCUUGGAGAUGACUGUAGAUAUGGAGGGAUACACGGCUUUGGAUUACAAAAGAACCCCCAAAUUGAUGGAUAUGGAUCAAGUCAAGGGGCUGAAUCGCUGUAAGCUCUGCUGUUUUAGGCCUCUAAAUAUGACAAGGGACUUCUUUUUACAUUGACUUCAUUGCACUAGCAAUACAACUACAAAUAUGGUUGUAUAUUUAAGAGUAACGGCCAUCUAUAAUCGCCUUUCUGUCUGCCGAUGAUUCUUUCAGAUUUGUUCUCUGUUUUUGUUUAACUGUAGAGUGAGACUUAUGACUUUCUCAGAAUUUGCAAGCAUUUUGUGAGUAAUUUUAAAUUUAAUUAAUUAGGCUUUGACUAAAAAUAUUUUCAGAUCCAUUGGACAUCGGGGAUGACAUUGACAAGCUCAUCUCCGAACGGAAUGAAAAUGAACUCUCAAAGAUUAUAUUAGCCGGGAAAUACGACAAAAUUGAGAAUCGUAUCUUCCCACCACAAAGUCGAGAUCUUUCCCGAAUACUGAAGAAUCUGAGUGUAAGUGGGCCCUCUUUUAUAGUACAAUGUAAAUUAAGAUGAGAUGUCGGGCUGUUCAUCAGGCCAUACUGGACGACGACUUUAUCCUUCUAAAACAACUCAUCGAUUCCGAAGAAAUGGCGACGUGUCGAGAUUCGGAAGGUAGAACUUCCUUACAUAUCGCCGUAAUUAAUGGGAAGGAGCAGAUCGUCAGAUAUAUUUUGCUUUUAUUUCCAAAUUCAGUGGAUCUCGUAGAUAAUGUGAGUCUCAAAACUGCUGAAAAACAGGGUGUAAUGUCCUGCAGAGACAUCUAACUUGGUGUAUUGCGGAAAUUACGGCAGAGAUUUGGCAUUUUCAAUUGUCAUGUAGCCUAAGACAAGCGUAAUGCUAUCUAAAUUGUCAUUUUGCGCAUAGGUGCUGAUAAAAUACUUAAUAAUGAUUACUUUUGUCGAGCGAUACCCUCAUGGCGUAUUGACGAUAAUCCUUUCAAAACAUGACAAUUACUGAGCAAACGCGGUACUGGCAUUGUUUUUAAUGAUGUUCUGUUUACUCGAGAGACUAGACCGAGUCAACGGCUCGUUACCAUGGUGUCUUCUUUUCUCGAGGUGUUCUCUCGUUUUUACUAUUAUCAUUAGUCUCCGGCCGAAAGUGUUAAUUAGUGUAAUUACAGUCCAAACACACCGCUUUUUAUUAUGCGAAUCAACUGGAAGAUCAGAAUCAGCGGGAUCUGAUGCUGGAGAUCCUGAGAAAAGCCGGAGCCAAUGAGCAAAUGGACAAUGAAGAGAUGGUUUGUGUUAUAUAUAUACUUAUGGGAUUGUUUAUUGGACGGUCCGCCUUCUUCUGACUUCUGACCAAGUAUUACUAUUUACGGCGGCGCGUAGAGAAGGGGAGUAAACUGUAAAGGCCAAGAACUGGGGAGGUGGUAACUAAUUAGAGGGCAGGGUACAAUCGAUGCAUGAUGAUAUAGUAUUAGUUAAAGGUCAUGGGUUACAGUACUCCAGAUAAUAAUUUUAGAUUUUUAAGAGAGCUUUACAUGGAUUUUGAAGUAAGUUUUGGCAAAGUUUCGCGUUUCCUGUUAGCCGUUCAAGCUGAGGGUUUCCGUUGUGCCCAUCUGACCCUAUAAUCCCCGUUGAACCUUACUUAUGCAACGGUUACCUCCAACUUCUUUGCAGGACGCCACGGUUCAUUUGAUUUCCUCUCAAAAACGCCGGAAGUCAGAGUCGAUUCGAACUAUAAUGGCCGCAAAUUCAGUCCAUUCAACCAGCGACGACAUGUUUGGUAGGUCCGAGUGUAAGGCGGGUAAAUAUAUGUAAUUUUAGACAUUGAUGAGGACGAGAAUGUGGAUGAGACUAUCGAACAAAGAAUCCUGGCCAUCAACUUUGAUCAAAAAUUAUAUCGAGAAUUGGAGGAUCUACAGUACGAAGGGAAGAACGAUGAGAUCUGGAAGGUGGUCAAGAAACAUCUGGGCAAUGAAAAGUUGAUUCGAUACGUAUAUUCUUAUAGACAAGUGCAGGUGCGCGAUUUAUAUCGAAUGAUUUUGAAGGAUUUUGUUAUUUUGACACUUAUUUAUGUAAUGCAUUAUUUUAGAACCGAUUGGUCGCCGCAAUCCAGGCCGUCAACGAAAAUGACCUCAGGAAAUUGAAGAGCCUGCUCGACCUCGAGCUGGUCCAAAUCCGUGAUAAUCGCGGUAAGAGAAAAGAUAACAUCAUGAUGCAUCAUUCCACAAGUAAUCCCUUAAUUUUUCUUUGCAGGAUUAACCAUUUUGCAUUGGGCCGUGAUAAAAGAGCGGCAUGAAAUGGUAGAACACAUCGCCAAAUCUUAUCCAAAACAGCUUGAUACCACUGAUCAGGUAGGUUAAUUAAAGUUAUUGGGAGAAUAUGACGAUCCUUCAGCAAGGCCGAUCGGCUGCUCAUUACGCGGCUGUCCAACAGAACGCGAUCUACGAUACAUUGGUGGACGGUGGGGCGAACGUUUAUUUUGCGGAUAAGGUAAGAAUUUCAAACGAAAUCUGACAACGAAGGCAUUUGAGAUGAUUUAAAUGGAUGAUAAAGAGUAAGGGAGAAUAAGAAGUAAUCUUUGCCUUAUUCUUUCUUGAGGUAUUUAAUCUCAGUCUUAGCUUAUGUUGUCCCAGAAAAUGGUUAGAAUUCUCUCGGAAAUCACAUUCUUUGCAGUUUUAAGUGGGUGUGGGAGUGAUAAACUGAUAUUGAUCCGUAAACAUGAAGAUUAAUCCUAUCCCCCAGACUUUCUUCACGAUCUGACAAUAAGGUAUUUAGUGGAUUCGAAGCCAUUCCAAAUUAAGGCCUAUAGAGAGGGGGGGGGAGUGUUUACGGCGCCGUAUUUACUUCCCCUGCGGGCCCCAGCAACGACGAGAGGGAGGAGAGGGCCCGAAUGCCUAAAGAAGCCCUACAAGUCCUGAUAACAGGCCCUAAGACAACAUGUUUUAGCGUGGUUUCACCGCCAGUCGCUAUCGUACUAAUCCGGACAUGAAUCUCCGUCCAGCCUCACCCCAGCUGGGCCAGUCCAACAGCUCCGUCUACAAGCAUCCCUCCUUGGAUGACACGGUUCAAGACACUGGUAAGUGACGUCACUUACCGUUGAAAUCAUUGUGUGUACCACUGUUCUUUGUAAUGUCAGCGAUGACUUUCCCAUUGUAAUGUGCUUGUAUUUUUUUUGUCCUUACCGUAUUUGGCCAUAUUAUUUCAUACGAUGAUGAUGAUAAUCCGUUGAAUUAUAUAUUUAUUUUCGCUUUGUUGAUGCAGAUGCCCCAUCGGAAGAGAAAGUGGAACGAUGGCUGGCGGUGGGCGACAUCCAAUCAUUAGAACAGCUUGUUUUGGACGGACGGUCUCACCUUUUAAUGGACAAGAAGGCCAUUAAUCUGUCAAGCACCGAAUUUUUGGAUGGACUACCUCAAUAUCAGGUGAGUAGAAUGACAUAUUGCGUGGUAUGGAGACAGAACCCCUGAACGAUAACUAAACUACAAAAAGUUUGGCCUAUGCAUAGCGCUGCGAGCUCAGGCUUAGCCUUGCAUUAGGCUUACAGAGGAAGUACCACAAGUGCGACGCUCAGAUUUCGAUCAAACUUGACUCAAAUUUAGGCUAAUUCUUUUUAAGAUAUAUGCGAGGUUUCUGAAUCUCACUUUAUGGAAGCGACCGAGAUUUUUAGGUUGAAUAUUGUCGAAAACGCGACACUUUUUUCCGAAUUUUGUAAUGAAAACGUUUAUGUUUAUUUCUACUGUGUUAAUGUUUCCACAAAAGAAAUAUAUUUUUUCCACACAAAGCUGACAAAUAUUAGCUCAAAGGGUGCUUUCUCUGUGCCGCUCUCCGCAUUUCGCGUACUCUCUUGGCCGCAAAGAUAUCGUUGAAUAUCUCGACUGCCUCUGCAAAGCGCGUUAGCGUUCGAUCAGGCACAUAUCAGUUCAUAUUUUAUCAGGUCGUGUAAAAGUUGAUUAGUAAUAUUUUAGGCCAAGAUUGAUGCCAUUCACAAGGCCGUAGAAGAAGGAGAUGUCCGUCGAGUGAAGAGUUUAAUAGACCGGUCGCAACUGUCGACCGCCCGAGAUCGAAAUGGGAUGACUCCAUUGCACAAGGCCCUCCUUUAUGGCCAAACCAACACGGUCAGAUAUUUGUUGGCCAAGUAUCCGCAAUGUGUUAACAGCACUGAUCACGUAAGGAAAAUUAAUUUUUGAAGUAGGUUAUGAUAUCAUGGCAUAGCGUGUUAUGGUUAUCAUCUUUCGUUCUGUCGCUCAUUGACUAACUACUUCCUCUGGAGGAAUUAUUAUAAAAGCGUUCACGAUGCUAUUUCGAACACAAUUCUUAAACGGAGUUGUAUGUUCGAAGUGAAGUACUUAGAGUAAUUGAUGGCCAGGGGAAUUUAAGAGAACUAAAGAUUAGAUAACGAAACAAAAAGUAGAAACGGAGUAUUAAUAACGGAUAAUAAUUGGUAAUUACAGCCAGCAUUUUGCACUUUUUUUAUUUCGUUUCUGGAAUUCUAUCGAUUGUAUCUAGAGGUUGUAAUACUCUUACGUUACACUGAUUCGAAGCCAUUUCUUAUAUCCGGCGUCACUUUGGCGUUUAAUCUCUUGACUCGAGGGAUUUGGGAUUCGUUGAGAGAAAAGGAAACCUCAUGAUAACACCCGAACAGAAGCCCCUCAUCUGUGACUAUUGAUGUCAUCGGAAUUUCAGGCCGGAAGAACGGCAUUGCAUUAUGCAGCGGCUGAUCCCAAUGGAGAACACAUGAUCAAGGUUCUGCAGAAGAGUGGGGGUGAUGCUUUCAUCGAAGAUAAAGUAAGUGUGACAUGGAGUACUUGAAAUAUUAUGUUGUAGUAUGGUCACACCCCAUUCUAUUAUCGGACACAUGGAAAAGGCUUGAACAUUCGAACGCUGAAGGAUAAUGCCGUCAUUAAUCAACUAAUCUCGGGACAAUUGAAUAGACCUCUUCUUCAAGGUGAAUUCGCAAAAAUCUCUUGGGCUUCAAUGUUGAUCUGUGUAAUGUGUAAUGUUUUUAGAUCUCGAGGAAGACAUUUCCGAUUGGAUUCACACGGGGAAUGUGGGUAAACUGGAGGAACUUGUUCUCAAUGGAUACGCGGAUCUUUUAUUGGGCCGAACUCAUCAAGUUGAUGAUGCUGAUGCUGUCGGAUUUUUAGAAGUUCUUCCUCAAUAUCAGGUAAACUAAAGGAACAUCCUUGUUCAAAAAUGCAUUGACUUUUCAGUAUUGAUAUUUUUUAGGCAAAGAUAGGCGCUAUUCACAAAGCAAUUGAGCAGGGAAAUAUCCGCGCAGUGAAGUUGUUAACCGAUCGAAAGAAGCUGGCUUUGUGCCGAGAUAGCCGGGGCCUAGCUCCAUUGCACAAGGCGAUCGUGUUUGGGAGGACUGAUAUCGCCAAAUAUCUGAUUCGAAACUAUCCCCAAUCAGUUAAUGCGAUGGAUCAAGUGAGUACUGCGUGUUGAAAUUGCGUUACUGUAUUUGGAAUUACUUUUUUCUUUUUUUAGAACAAACGAACUCCCCUCCAUUAUGCGGCAGCCCUCCGAGAUGGCGGCUAUUUGUAUAAAUUAAUGAGAAAAGCUGGCGCCGACCCCAAUAUUUUUGACUGUGUAUGUUUACUGUAACUGACAAAUGACUCUACCUUGAUCUCCACUAAAACGAUUACUUUUAGAAUGGAAGACCGGCCAAAUAUUACCUUCGAUAUCCCGGAGAAAUUAAUCUGGAGAGAAUGAAAAUGGAUACAAAACAAGCCUUGAAACAAGUGCUGCAUAAUAGGGUAGCCCCGAGUUAUUUGGAGACAAAGUAAGAUCGGGUGAAAAGACUUGAUUUUGUUACAGUAUCCAACAAUGGAUGAGGGAAGGAAAUUUGGCCAAAUUGGACCAACUGGUAUUAUCUGGAUGUGGGGAUCUGUUGAUUGACAAGAAGGCCAAUAACAGCGAUGCCAUGGCAUUUGUCAACGAACUGCCUGGGCUACUGGUAAAUUUUAUUUGGUUACUUAUAAUAAGAUGAUGACUUUAAAAUAUUGGCUAUAAAAGCUAUACCCUAUUAUUCCACGAAUUUACAAAAGAUUUCCCGCCCUCGUCCCCUCAUUGAUGGCCGUUCAAUCUUGGCCAUGCGAUCUCGAGUACCCGCCAUUUACUUUCCCUUAAAACAAUACAGUCGGUGCGUCUUUGAAUCCCGAAAACUUUCUUUUUUUGGAGGUCGGAGGCAUCUUGAACAUCCUUUAAUUGAUAGUCGCUGUCUUUCAGGCAUUGUCCUUAUACCGUAAUUAACUGAAAAGUGGGGGAAAUACCUUUCGCGCACUUUUUCCUCUCUUCCGAACCAAUUUUGGAAUGUCAAGGUGGCGGCGGAAAAGAAAAAAUUGCGCUUCUUGGUUUACAAGGCCAAAAACAGGGAAAAAAGAGGAUAAUGGAGGGCGGACGGAUAAAACAGAUCAGCUAUUUUACAUGAGGGCAACUAAACAGGAACGGAUUUGGAGAUUGAGGACAAAGAAGAUUAGAUAUGAUAUAUGUACAAGCUGUAUGACCAAAAAUCCAUUUUUCGAAGAAAAUUUGACAUAUUGGCUGAUUAAAAAAUACAAAGACCUGUGAUUUUCAUUAACAAAAAUUUAUUUUUGUGUUUGUAGGACACGAUCAGCCAGAUCCACAAGGCAAUCAAAGACGGAGACAUCGGCACUGUGCGUCGUCUGAUGACCACCAAACGGUUAGCCCUGGCCCGCGAUCGCCAUGGCUGCACUCCAUUGCACACCGCCAUCAUCUACGAGCAGACGGAGAUAAUCCGCUUUAUCGCCGCUCAGUUUCCUUCCGUUCUGAAUGCUCCUGACUAUGUAAGAUUUGAAUACCGUAAUCUUUUCAGUUACGGGGAUUGAGUUUGAAUUGGGCUUGUAGUUGAGAGUCAAGGUUAUGAGAAUGUUUUCAGAAUAAGAGAACGGCCAUGCAUUAUGCAGCAGCGGCCAGAGAUGGAGGCCAUUAUUUGAAGAUCCUUGGCAAAGCCGGAGCUGAUCCGAUGGCCGUGGACAAUGUAAGAACCAAAAACUUUUUUAAUAUUUAAUAAUCUUUUUCAUAUAGGAAGGCCGAACUCCCGAUUACUACAGAAGGAAUGCAGUCUUCGAUUUGAAACUGUUGAAGGAGAGGGAAGACGACUUCGAUGUUCUCCAAGAGCAUAUGAUAGAUGAAGUGAACCCGGUCGAUUCUCCUCCCUCUCCAGAAACCAUGUCUUUGGGAAGGUAACUGAAUUCAAAAAUAAAAUCUGCAUUGACUUUGCAUACGAAAUCUUUGUUUGGAAUCCAAACAUCCCAAUCUUAUAAAACCUGAAAUUCUUCCAGCUCGAUUCUGGACUCCGGACGUCGCGACAUUGGUCAAUUAGCCGAAACCGAACCCGAACUAGACAUUGACGAUCUGGACGAUCCCAUGGAUGAUGACAUGGAGAAUAUGGACCGCAGAAAGUUUGAGAAGUUGGUCGAAGACAAGAUGGACAUCCCCACUAGUGACAAUGGCCUGUAUCUUGCCCGAACUGUAGCUCCCGUCUUAACGAAGGCCUUGGCCGAGGUGUUAUUACGGCGUCCAGCAGAUCCCAUCGAUUUCAUCUCCGAUUGGCUCCUCCGUUAUAACGAGGGAAAGGACAACGGACACGAUUAUUAA